AGAUUUUCUUGCGUCACGACACACCAUAAUAAUUCAUUCCAAAAUUAUCGCCCUCGCUCCACACAUUUCCUUCAUAUCUUAUCCCUCAAUCUUCCCAAAAAGAGUGAUCAGCCAGAUGAAUAAUACAGUCGACGUUUCUUGCUCCCAACUUCACCACCACCACCACGGCCGAAGCCGGAAAUGGCCUCCAAAUUAGGCUUCACUAUAACCAAUUCUCGCUUGUUCACUGUUCCUGUCCCAAGACCCUCGGUUUCUCCGUCUUUACCCACUUGUUCUACAUUGUCUUCGUCGAGGGUUCAGUCGCUUCAACUGAUUGGAAGAGACGUUUUGAGUCGAUAUAGGCCCAUAAUUUUAUCCCCGAGGGCCACUACUGAUCAGCCAGGUGAAGUUAAAGAAGAUGAGGUUGUUGACAGCAACAUUAUGCCUUACUGCAGCAUUGAGAAACAACAGAAGAAGUCACUAGGAGAAAUGGAACAAGACUUUCUUCAAGCAUUACAAGCUUUCUAUUAUGAAGGAAAAGCCACCAUGUCGAAUGAGGAAUUUGAUAACCUCAAGGAAGAAUUGAUGUGGGAAGGAAGCAGUGUUGUAAUGCUAAGCUCUGAUGAACAGAAGUUUCUAGAGGCAGCAAUGGCGUAUGUAUCUGGUAACCCAAUAAUGAGUGAUGUAGAGUAUGACAAAUUGAAGAUGCAAUUGAAGAAAGAUGGAAGUGAGAUAGUGGUUGAGGGUCCAAGAUGUAGUCUUCGUACAAGAAAGGUUUACAGUGACCUCUCUGUUGAUUAUCUCAAGAUGUUCCUCAUAAAUGUCCCUGCUGCUGUUGUUGCAGUAGGAUUGUUCUUCUUCCUGGAUGAUAUUACCGGGUUUGAGAUCACAUACCUUUUGGAGCUUCCAGAGCCAUUUAGUUUCAUCUUCACGUGGUUUGCAGCUCUGCCAUUUAUUUUGUGGUUAUCCUUCUCAUUUACCAGUCUCAUUGUCAAAGACUUUCUGAUAUUGAAGGGAAUUUGUCCAAACUGUGGUACGGAGAAUAACUCUUUCUUUGGAACUAUUUUGUCGAUUUCCAGUGGGGGUACCACCAACAGUGUGAAAUGCACAAACUGUCAAACGCCACUUGUGUUUGAUCAAAAUACUCGCUUAAUAACACUGCCAGAAGGAAGUGAAGCUUGAGUGGAAACAUCAGGGGAGGACGUAUAUAGCUCUUGUGUUUCAUUAGGCCACAGUUUGAUAAGUUACUGUUUGUAUUCAAACGUUGCCUUGUAUGCUGUGUACAAUAUGCAACUAGAGACCAUGUAACAUAUGUAUAUUUACAAUUGGGUACAUGCAAAGUUCAUACAAUUUAGAAUAUGCAAAA